UCUCUCUCCUCGCACUCUCUAUUUCUCCAUUUUCUUGCGAAGGAAGCCUCGUCUCUAAACCUACGCACGAUGGUAGAGCCUCAGCCACCAAAGUGGGUUCUUGAAGCUCUGAGGAGAUUCAACGGCAUGGAGGCACGACUGGUUAUCGCCGAUAAAGUGUUGUACGCGAGUGACGUGAAGCAGAGCCAGGCACGUCUUAUGCUUCCUGCGAACAAGGUUCUGAGCAAAGAAGAGUUUCUAAGGGAUGAAGAGAUCAGAGUCUUGGAAGGAGAUGCCAAAGCAACACGUAAAGAAGGGGUUCAAGCUAUCUUUCUUGAUCCGAAUUACAUAACGUAUGGAGUUUGGUUGAAACAAUGGAAGAAGAACUUGGUUCUAUCUGGCUGGAACCCUGUUCUUGCAGGUUACAACGAGUUUGAAGAGGGUGAAAAGUUUGAUCUUUGGUCCUUUAGGCGUGAAGAAAAACUACACUUUGCUCUUGUUCCCAAGGAAGUGGACUGCGGCUACUUGGACGCCUUCAGCGACCUCGAUUUCAAGACUCUCAAUGAUGUUCCAAGUAGCAAUGAUGAGGACUGCUUCGGCUUGGACCUGCUUUUUUCCACCUCAGGAUACGCAAACGUCAACGCUCCUCUUCCGGACUUGGGAUCUUUUGAGGAUACAGAUGUUGUCACUUCCUUUUACGACGAUGCUUGAUUUGCAUUGCGACUUCUCUCCCUAAUGCGCUAGGUACACGUAUGAUAUUGAUACAUUGGUUAGCUUUUCUUUUCUUGUAGAUAGACCACAUCUGCUGGUGGAAUAUAGGACUGAGAUUCAGAAACAGCCUUUCACUUUCUUUCUGCUUUGUUACUAGUUGAUGCUUCUGUAAAUGGAUUAACUCAUUUGUUUGGAGUUGGGGGCUAAAGAAUAUCAAGUCUUUUUAGUUCUAUGAUAUGCUUGUUCGCAGUAUUGCUUUCUCCACUUCUAUCUUCUUUGGCACGUAUACUGCUAUAUUGUUUACAAGUCU